CUUUCAUUUGAGUUUUGAAAAUUAAACAGGUGGUGUGCUCUCGGGUUUCGUUACUACUCGCGCACGGCUGCUGCUUGGGGAAGCACAUUCAUCUCGUUAAUCCCACAUAAGCAGGAAGAUGGAAACAGUAGCUCCAAAUGCAAGUGUGAUUGUACCUGAAGUUCUUAAAAGAAAUAACUACGAAAGGUGGAGCAUUUUCUUGGAGCACUAUUUAGUGGGUCAAGAUCUUUGGGAUGUUGUUGAAUUCGGUGAGUUGUCUACAGAAAGAAAUAUGGGGAGAGAGUGGAUUAAAAAGAAUGCUUUAGCUCUGCAUGCCAUUAAGAUUUCAUGUGGAGAAGAAAUGUUUGAACAAAUAAAGGAGAUGAAAUCUGCUAAAGAUGUUUGGGAUGCUUUGGCUGCUAUGUACAAACCCGCAGAUCAGGUCAUUUUUGAGCCCCCCCUAGGAAGGCCAAAAGUCCCUGGAAAUCUCACAGAUUGGCGAUAUGAGACCUUAAUUAAUGCCAUUUCCAGUGGGGAGCUUGGGCAAGUACAGAGGUUCUUUAGAGCAAAUUCGAAUCCAAUAUCUAGAAGAAUUUUUGAAAAUGGGUACACAGCUCUUCAUUUUGCAGUUUAUAAUGGGAGGAGCAAAAUUGUUGAUUACUUGAUCGAGGACCAGUUGUCAAAAGAAGACUUGGAAACAGAAGAUUAUUCUGGGAGCACGGCUCUUUCCAUUGCUGCUCGUUGCGGAGUCGGGAAAUCAAUUGCACAAAGUUUAGUUAGAAAGAACUAUAAAUUGCUUACCAUCCCAGACAAUGAUGGAAAGAUCCCAGUUGAAUUGGCUUCCAGCACAAUUCAAGAGGACACGACACGCUAUCUGUACCGUGAGACUCCAUUAGAGUCUCUAAACGUUGACCGUGGCUUUUACAUCCUCCAAGAGUGUAUAACUAGAAAAAUGUUUGGCAUAAUAGUGAAGGCCCACGUCAUCAAAGAACAUAAGCAUCGAUCAUGUGUAAAGAUGCGAGACUUUUUCCAGUCAUUUACAGAGGAGAUCCAACAACGCUUUGUGUCAUGGGCAGAGACGCUUCAACUGGCGUAUGAAGAUGUUCGACACAGGAUGCAAGAGCCGAUUCAAGAGACUGAAGAGAUGAAUCUAGAGAAUCAACAGACGAUUCAAGAGAUUGGACAGACGAAUCAAGAAACGAAUGGAGAUUUUCAAGACUUACCAUUUAAAGCCAAAUGCGCAUUGGCAGUCGAGAUCCUACUUACAGUGCUAGUGCUCCUUGGUAUACCAAUCGUUGUGGCUCUACGCCUACUGGUUUCAAUGCUCUCAAGGAUCCUUGCAAAGAAUAUAUAUGCUGGAAAGUUGAUGGAUAAGUAUGCCUGUGAGGUUAUACGUUUAAUAUGUCAGCCAUUAUCAUUAUCAGAUCAGAAUGAUCAGAACCUUUUUGUGCAAAGUGAUGCCGUCGACGCAAUCUUCCAGGCUAUCAAGAACGACAUCCCACUCAUUGUGAAAGAAAUUACAAAAGCUAAUAAAAAUAUUUUGUGGAGAAGCUUAAAUCUUGAAGAGUCAAGAAACAUGUUUGCUUCGGCUAUAGAACAUCGUCAAGAGGAGGUGGCACGCCUUCUUUAUGAAUUUGCGAAUGUGGAUACAAACAUGGUUAUGACCAGAGAUGAAGAUGAAAAUAAUAUAUUACAUCUAGCAGCAAAGUUAGCCCCUCGUUAUCGAUUAGGUCGCAUCUCUGAUUCAGCUUUUCACUUGCAAAGUGAACGACGUUGGUUCAAGGGGGUAGGAGAAAUUGUUCCACGAUCUUACCACGAACACAAAAACAACAAUGGGGAAACUCCUCUGGAAGUAUUUGUUAGAGAACACCAGGAUUUGCUAAAAGAAGCAGAGGAAUGGGUGAAGAAAACAGCAGAAUCUUCUACGGUCAUUGGUGCUCUUAUUAUUACAGUUAUGUUUGCAGUGGCUUUUACUGUUCCUGGUGGGAAUGAAAGCAGUACAGGUUUCCCCAUACUUUUGCACAAAGCUCCGAUUCCAUUUAAGAUAUUUAUGGUAUCAGAUGCAGUUUCUCUUUUUACUGCAUCCAGUUCAGUGAUAACGUUUUUGGGGAUUCUGACUACAUAUCGUACUGAUGAAGAUUACCACAAACACUCCCUCGUGAUUUGGGGCAUUACUUAUCUCUUCAUCUCUAUUGCAACAAUGACCAUAGCAUUUUGUGCUGCUCUUUUCAUCAUGCUACAAGGUCGAUUGGUGGUAGUCAUUCCUGUAACUCUGGUUGCUGGUAUUCCUAUCACAGGUUUCGUGCAGUUGCAAUUUCCUCUUCUGGUUGACAUUUUUCGUUUGAUUCUUAGGCCAAAUAUUUUUGGUAGGAGGGAAACAUCCUUGAUGAGCUGGACAGCAGACACGGUCGCUUUGGGGCUGAGGGGGGCUUUAGGCGCUUUAAAGAAAUGAUUUUUUUUUUUUUUUGAAUACAUGCAUGUUGCUUUGAAUAAAUGAUUGUAGUCGUAGGUGUCUAACUAUGCUUUGACUGUUGGUUAUAUUUGAUUAAUUGAUUAUACUUAUGUAUUUGCUUCAGAUGGAAUAAAUAUUUGGUGGAUAU